AUGAGUGUUGAAAGCUGCUGUUCUCCACAAAAAGCACCAGCGUUCAGUCCGGAACAAGAAAAGAUGCUGAAAUCGAACAGAGCAAAUGAGCCACAGAGCUUCGUUAAAGGAAAUGACGCCAAAAAAUCCGACCUAAUCGAUCUGGAAGAGGUGGUGAACAACUGGGCAAAGACAAUGUUCGAUGUGACAAAAUCAAAAGCAGAGGGAAAAAUUAAGAAGAAGUAUCUAUCGUACAACAUCAACUGGACAAAACUGUUCCAAGAAUGCUCGGAACCAACGUACACCAUCCUUGGAGCUAAGACAAAUGUUGUCGACUCGAAACAAGAUGAGAAGGUCAUCUUCAAGACUACAUUCACCAACACAACCCAAAGAGAACAGGAAUACUCGUUCAAGACUGAACGAGCCACCCGUAGUUCAUCUACCGUGAUAAUUGAGAAAGGAGUCUGUCGUGGAGCCGAAGUUUCAUUGAAGUUGAAAACUCCGUGUGAAGUGGUGGAAGCAAAUGCUGGAUUCACAACAGAAGUGAUGUUGAAUCAUAUCGGAGAGAAUACUUCUGAAGAAGAAUUGACAUGGGGAGUGGAUAGUUGUGUUAAGGUUCCACCUGGGGCUGAGACUGUUGCCGAGUUGGUUAUUAUUGAAGACAUUGUAACCCGUGAUUUCCGCAUCGAGAAUCGACUAAGCGGCAAAAUUUUGGUGACAAUAACCAACUUGAAAGAGAACAACAGUUUGGUGACGAUUCUCGAGGGAAAUAUCUGCGAUAUCAUCCGUGGAAUGCCAGAUUACACUGCGAAAGGAUUCCGAUUUGAUGGACCGGCGGCAGUUUACGAGACACGUGGUCAAUGCAUCUUCCGUUACGGUAUCGAACAAAAAGUCCGUAUCAAUGAAUUCUCGUUGGGAUCCUCUUCAUCUCGUCGCUAUUAA